GACAGGUGUCCGGUCGCACGUACCGACUCGUGAAUUCACAAACUAAGGCGCGCAAAUCACUUUUACUUUUUUUAAAUUGCGUCACGAAUUUCGUAAUCUGUGCUCGUUUUUUUUUUUUUAUAAUCAAAACAAUUCGCGCUUUUUUCGCGAGUGUGUGUUCAUAGAUAGACGUGUUCAUUUUGAAUUGUAUAAUGAGAAAGUGUUUAUGAAAUUUGUGAUUAAAAGAAAAUUAAAAUGGUGACGUUAGAAGAAGGUGGUUGCGUUAACAAGGCCUUUGAAGCUGUCGACGAUGGCUUCCAAACCAUCGACCUUCGGAACAACGGCCGAGACGAGAAAGGGAGUUCAAGAGGACAGACACAAGUGGAAGACUCAACGUCGCAAAGCAACGACAGGGACCACACGCUUCUCUGCGGUUGGGGAAGGUUUCGUCCGAACUGGCUCCAGAGGUUCCGUACAGCUAAAUGGGCUUUGUUCUGGUUAUGCUGGGCAGGAGCUAUACAAGGUAUGGUGGUGAACGGGUUUGUGAACGUGGUGAUCACCACUAUAGAGAAGAGAUUCGGCCUUCGAUCCAUGCAAACAGGAGUUAUCGCUGGAGGGUACGACAUGGCAUCGUUUGCAUGCCUGGCUCCAGUCACGUACCUCGGUGGAAGAAGCGGCUCCUCCAAACCUCGGUGGCUCGGAUGGGGCGUGCUGUUAAUGGGCACAGGAUCAUUACUCUUCGCACUGCCACACUUCCUGGUACCUCCUCAUCGAGUGGCCAAUGAAGAUGCUGAUGAUAUUUGCGUGCUUAAUAGAACUUUGGAUCGUUGCGAAGAAGACACACCGGCCGAAGGGGGUGCUUGGGCAGUCGCGAUAUUUGUGUUCGCCCAACUACUGCACGGAGCUGGCGCCACGCCCCUCUUCACGCUUGGAGUCACUUACAUAGACGAGAACGUGUCGAAGAAGAUGUCUUCAGUAUAUCUGGGCGUGUAUUACACGAUGGCAGUGGUGGGUCCAGCCAUGGGCUACGUGCUGGGUGGGCAGAUGCUGACCAUUUACACUGAUUUCUUGUCCACGGACGCCGGAUCGUUAGGAAUCACUCCUCAGAGCUCUGUCUGGAUUGGUGCUUGGUGGAUCGGGUUUAUCCUAUCAGCGUUGCUCUGUCUCAUAGUGGCGGUACCACUGUUGGCGUUCCCCCACGAAUUACCAGGUGCAUCAGAAAUCAGAGCAUCCAAAGUUUCCGAAGCGCACGAAGGAGCUGCAUCUAAGUCAGCCGCUUUCAGCGCUUUGCACGAGCUGCCACAAGCCGCCGUGGCGCUGCUCAAGAACCCAACGUUUUUGUUCCUGAACCUGGCAGGAGCAAGCGAGGGCAUGCUCAUAUCCGGUUUUGCUGCUUUCCUGCCGAAGCUGAUUGAGAACCAGUUUGCGGUCUCGGCUUCCGAAGCUGCGUUGCUCUUAGGUCUGAUAACGGUCCCAGCGGGCGGCGGCGGCACGUUCCUGGGCGGCUGGCUGGUGAAGCGGCUCGAGCUGGCGUGCGCCGGCAUCAUCAAGCUGUGCAUCGGCGCGACCCUCGUGGCAGCCGCCUUCACCUUCUGCUUCGUGCUGUCCUGCGACGACUACCCCUUCGCGGGACUCACGGUGCCCUACGACAGCCCAGCCGUGCCAGGGUCGGACGGGCUGCUGGCGGACUGCAACUCGGGCUGCUCGUGCCCGCGCUGGCGCUACUCGCCCGUGUGCGGCGCGGACGGCGCGGUGUACUACUCGGCGUGCCACGCGGCGUGCACGGCGCGGCGCCUGCGCGGGCGGGGGGGCGCGGGGGGCGCCGUGCUGUACCGGGACUGCGCCUGCAUCCGCACCAAUGCCACGCUGCCACUCUACUACGCGCCAGGCGGAGAGGGCGCCUCCGCCGAGAGCUACGAGGCCAUAAACAGCAUCUGCAGCACGGACUGCCCGUUCCUGUGGCUGUUCGUGGCGCUGUCGUUCUGCGUGAUGCUGUGCACGUUCCUGGCCACCAUGCCGGCGCUGUCCGCCACGCUGCGGUGCGUGCGUGAGGACCAGAGAUCGUUCGCGCUGGGCAUACAGUGGAUCAAGGUCCGGCUGCUGGGGACCAUCCCGGCCCCCCUGCUGUUCGGGUUCCUCAUAGACGCGUCGUGUGCCCUGUGGGCCGCGUCCUGCGGCGCCUCGGGGGCCUGCGUGCAGUACCGCAACGCCGACAUGAGCAAAUACAUGUUAGCUUUAGCGCUGGCGGGCAAGCUCUGUUCUCUUCUCUUCUUCUCGCUGGCGUGGUGGUUCUACCGGCCACCCAGCAGUGGGAGCAGCAACGCGGUCAUACCCUCGGUGGACCUGGUCGUCUGCGACAAGGUCAACGGGUCCGCCGCCGGUGCCCGUGGAAUCGUGCAAAACGGGACUCUGGACAAGGCUAAUGGUUAUUGCAACGCCGCCCUGGAGUGCAGUGAUCAUUUGUGAACUGGGUUCAGUGUCCACACCAGCCCUGGCUGCGGGUCGGCCGCGGAGUGCCCUCGUGUGCUAGUCUGCGCUGGUUCGACCCUGGACACCACCAUCACCAUGCCCAUCUGAGCAUAGAGACUCACCGUCGCUCAAAGACGACAACAACCGUAGGACACGCUUGAGGAACCAUCUCGGAUGAUUUUGAACAGGACUCGGGAACGAUAAUGAACCGUAACGACUAGUCUACAAGGUACCCUUUACAGAGUACCAAUGAGCACGGUACUGAGCGAGCUAGGUCUACAGUAAAUAUCGUCUGCUCAAGUUCAGUACGCACAAAUGAUAGGACAUUUCGUGAAUUAGCAAUUAAUCUAUCACAUAUUCGGGUUUGUAAUAUUAAAGUAUAUUUAAGACUAAUUAUAAAUAAUAAAACAGCUACCAAAAAAAAACUAGGUACAUAGUGAAUAUCUAAAGAAUGUACAAGUGACGAAAAGUCAAAAUUUGACGCGACUGACUCCGAUCUGCUUAUUUGUAACCGACUUAAAAAAUGAGGAUUUUCUCAAUUUGACUGGUUUUUUAUGUGUGUGUCACCGCAAAACUUAUCGUAGGUGAAUCAACAUUGAUUAAUCUUUUCUUCUUUCUUUUUUAAAAGUUAGUGCUUCUCACAUGGUCCCAUUUAAGUUUUAUGAAGAUCCGACCAAUAAAUAGCCUAUGAGUUAUCCUUAAUAACACACAUUGAACUGUCUACGACUAAAUUGAUGAUAUUAAUUUUAUUUUUAUUUUAAUGAAAUUCUUUAUUUGUACUAUAGCAAUUUUCCAAGGUCUUUUUUAUUUUCUCUGUAUAAUUUCGAUUCAAUUAUAGGUAUAAUCAUAAUUGAAAGUAUAAUAAUAAACACACAGCCACUGGGCUGGGCACAGUAUGUAUACAGGGUUACAGGUUUAGUCGACCUAUUCCCGUUAAGAGCGUGUAGCUUACAUCGUUUCUGACUGAUUUGACUGUGAAACACCCUACCCUAAAUCUAACCGAUCUGGAGAUAUUUCAAUUUAAUUGUUUUUUAUAAAAAAUACCUGAUACCACGUAUUGAAUCAGAUUGAGUGGCAAAUCAUCUAAUAGGUCAUUUAGGUCUCCUCGCAGGAAAUGUUCAUAGUAUACCUCAUUUAAAUUGUCGGGGAGAAAGUAAGGCCCAAUCAAAUGAUUGGAAAUAAUGCCCAUCCACACAUUCAGG